GACCGCAUUCUCUUUAGCCCGCGACAUUGGUGCUGGUCGUCUCCUGUUGCCAAAACAACAUUCGCCUAUCAUACAAGGAUAAAAUGGUCAUGAUUAUCGAACUUUCUGCUGAAGAGACAAAACGACGCUUUGGUGUGGCCAUACCCAUCCGAAACUUCCCCUAUCAGCUGAACCAUCGAGAGGAGAACAAUGUAAAGCUUGUCAUGGAGUAUAUCGGCAUCGCCUAUUCGCCAGAAGAAAACAAAGGCGCCAAUUCGGUCAAACACCUCUGCGAUAGGGGCAACACCUUCGAAGCGGUUAGUACCUUCCCUAAGGCACACACCGCAGAGGAGUACGCGGAGGAGCACGCCAAAGUUAUGGCUUCGUUGACAGACUUGCAUAUCAUGCGGUUUGAUAUCGUCAGCGCUAAAGAGGACUUCGUCACCAUUCGGUAUACGGCAACAGGCACACACCGUGGCGCACCGCACAACGGUAUCGAAGCAACGGGAAAGAGGGCAGAGUGGACUGCUGCGGGGAACUUCAUCAUAGACGAGCACACGGGGAAGAUAAAGCAUUGGUGGAAAGAUUGGGACAAGAUGCGCAUGUGGAAGCAAUUGGGGUGGGUCAAGCCCCCAGACGCAGAAUUCCUUUGAAGAAGGGAUCAAAAAGUGGGUAUGUAAAAGACGGAAUCCGGUGUUGCAGGUAUCCGUAAUGUACAUUAUUUCGGACUGUUCGACCUGGGAGAACCAAUGGGCUUUUAUUAGCCGACGAACAAACUCUAGGACUUUUACAAGCACCUAGACGCCCUUUUCAAGAGCCUUCACUACAUCCGCCGUCUUGACAAUCUCCGCGAACUCCCCGCUCAGACUAGCCACAUGGACCUGAUGAACCGUCUCGGCGUCCCACUUACCCCUCUCGAAUGUUGCCACGGCAUCCUCAACAAGAUAAACAACUCCCGCCUCUCCUUCACCAUUCACCACACCUAAGUUGGCCGCCAUCCUUGUAGUGGUACUAACGCAAUGAUCUGUCACCAGUCCCGCCACGAACAACUCUCUGACGCCAGCUGCUCUGAUAGCUUCCUCAAGCUUCGUGCCAAUAAAACCUGAGUUAACAUUCUUCGUGAAGACAGGUUCACCGUUUAUCGGCUCUGCAAAAGGUAAGAAGGCUUCACCGCCUGGGUUCGUCUUGGGAUUAAGUGGGGAAGCAGGUUCGGUGGAGUGGUGCGCGACGUGGAAAAUUGGAUAGUUGUGGGACCGGAAGGCUGCGAUGAGUUUAGGCAGGUUAGACUCGUACGACGGGGUGGAGCGUUGCAGACCCCAGUGGGUUGGGUGAGUGAGGCCUUUCUGGUUGUCAAUGAGGAGAAGCCCGGGUUUGGUGGCGCGUAUGGGGGAUGUCAUUGUAGUAGGCUUUCGAUGGAAGAACGGUUACUCUGCGAGAGGUAUGUUAGUACGAGGUUAGGUAGAGCCUUAAAACGGCCUCACCUGAGUACCGAAAUAGAUUGUACUUCGCUGGGAG